AUUGAAAGAAGUAAGAUAACGUUAAUUCUUUCAUCAUUCAGGAAUCUUUGAAUCAAGUCCAAGGUUCGGCCAAGAUCAUACAAUGUCAACAGAUUUCUAUAUACGUUACUAUAUCGGUCAUAAAGGGAAAUUUGGUCACGAGUUUCUAGAGUUUGAAUUUAGACCUGAUGGUAAACUACGAUAUGCAAACAAUUCAAAUUACAAGAAUGACACUAUGAUUCGAAAAGAAGCUUAUGUACAUCAAUGUGUAAUGGAAGAACUAAAAAGGAUCAUCCAGGACUCAGAAAUCAUGCAAGAAGACGAUUCUUUGUGGCCACAACCUGAUCGAAUUGGCCGUCAAGAAUUAGAGAUUGUAAUUGGAGAUGAACACAUAUCAUUCACCACUUCAAAAACUGGUUCUCUGUUGGAUGUUAAUCAGUCACGCGAUCCAGAAGGAUUACGUUGCUUUUAUUAUUUGGUACAGGACUUAAAAUGCUUAGUACUUUCCCUUAUAGGUCUGCACUUCAAAAUAAAACCUAUAUAAGCACAUGUAAUUUUACGUUUAUACUUUAAGUAAAUGUAAUGUAAUUACUUGACUAUAAGGAAAUACAUGAUAAUUUUUAAUUAA